UAAACUUACUCAAAGCGGGACAUUUAAUUCAUUCUAGAUUGACUCGAGACAGCGCCGAACGCAUAUAAUCGAAUCGAAGCCUAUCGUCAGUAUUUUUUAAAUUAUUGUGAUAAUAAAAUACAAAGCAAUGAAGAAAUUCCAUGGAUUUUCGUACUGCCUAAUGUUGGCUAUUAUAUUUUUCGUCAUUGGAGCACACAGAUUCGCGUUUGCGGACGAAAAAUGUCAAGGAGAUCGCAAUAGAUUAUUAGACCAGACUUUCGGAAUGCCUUUAACAUCUGAUGAUAUUUUAACAACUAUGAUGACUCCAUGGAUGUUCCAAGACUACUUCCGACCCUGGAGAAUACUAGCUUCGCUAUCAAGAGAUUUGGGAUCAACGAUAAAAACUGACAAAAGCAAGUUCCAAAUUAAUCUGGAUGUUCAAUAUUUCGCUCCCGAGGAGAUAUCUGUAAAAACAGCUGAUGGAUAUGUAGUUAUCGAAGCUAAGCACGAAGAGAAGGAGGAUGAACAUGGUUUUGUAUCAAGACAGUUUGUGAGGAAGUAUGCAUUGCCUGACGAUGUAGAGUCGGAAAAUGUAGUAUCCGAAUUAUCAAGUGACGGUAUUUUAACAGUGAGUGCUCCAAGAAAAGUGAUCGAUGAGAAAGGAGUAAGAAUCGUUCCUAUAACCAAGACUGGCCCGGUACGUAAGGAGUCGAGUGAGGCGAAGAAUGACAAUCAGGAUACGAGUUCAUGCAGUGCACCAGAUAAAAAAAUGUAACGUUUAAAAGACUACAUAAUAAAAGAUACUCUAAUAGAUUUUAAGUUACAAUGUCAUUACAAGUACCAUUAAGACUGAUUUUUUUAAAUAAAUAUUUACAAUAAUAUUUAUUUUGUUUUAAUUUUUAUUA